AUGAGCUGGAUUUUCCUUCUCCUGGGCGUGGUGGCUGGUCUGCAGAAUGAAGAUAGAGCUCAAAGGGUCUGCAGGGCAUACGGGUAUAAUGUGGUAGAAGCUAGGUUUGGGAAAGAAGUACAUUUGCUGUGUUUGAAGAUGCAGUCUGUAGGAUCAUCCGCGCUAACAUCAGACGAGUCAGCUCUGCUACUAGACCCUGAAGUUAACGACGAGCUCACAGACAGAUUGUACCCCCUCGGUGACGUCAUGAUGGCGUACGGGUUCCCCGUAGAGGACCCAGCUGCUGGGUCCGCAGAGGGGUACAUUGGAGAGGACCAGCAGUUCUAUGGAGUGUUGCAUUUAGGUAACAGAACACUCCACGCGGAUCCUUACGGCCGCGACGACCUGAGCAAGAAGUUUGGAAGGUUCGAGAACGACCACGUGGCGGCGCCGCGGCAACCUCGCAGCGAUCAUGCACAGGAAGGUACUGGCUAUGCUCGACUACCCUACUUCCCAUACCGCUACCAAAAUCGAGCACGUAAGCCAGGUAUUGCGAGAUCCAGGAUUUGCGACUUACUGCUUUUGGCGGAUAAGGAGUUUUUUGACAAGGAUGCUAACUCGAGCCUUAAACACGUCUUGCGAAGAAUGAUACACGCGGUAGCGCAGGCGGACAUCAUAUUUAGGAACGCAGAUUUUAACGAAGAUGGUAUACCUGAUAAUAUUGGUUUCUCCGUAAAGUACAUCCUAGUGCUAACAUCACACGAGACCAACGGGCGCGUGUUUGGCGACCUCUCGAAUGAGCGGUCAGUGGACGGGAGAUCGUAUCUCAUGCGCUUCGCCAGACUGCGCAGGUUGUCUGAAGUUUGCCUGGGCGUCGCUUUCUCUGGGCACGCGUUUAAUAAUCGGACGCUUGGGUUGAGUUUCACGUCACUAGGGGGCGGUAUGGGCGGCGCGGCGGGCGGUCUGUGCGAUCGACGCGCGUUCGGCCGCUCGUUCAACACGCUCGCGGUAGCGCACGCGACGGCAGACGGGUUAGAGAGAGUACCUGAGAGGAUUGCUGCUUUGACGCUUGCACAUGAGAUGGGGCACAGUUUCGGUGCGCACCACGACGACAACUUCCCCAACCCCGAAUGCCGCGGUUAUCUCAUGGGAUCCCAGUCUUCCACUUCAGAGACGGGACAUAAAUACGAGUUCUCACUGUGCAGUAAGCGACUGGUUGCAGCUACUUUGAGCAGCAUGAGCUAUUGCAUGGCGGUGGUUGAUAGGCCUUAUUGUGGGAAUGGUAUAGUCGAAGAAGGCGAAGCGUGUGAUUGCGGGCUGCCAUUCCACUGUAACAGCCGGGAUCCGUGCUGCACACCGCGGGCGGGAGGAGCUCUCGCUUUCGAAGAUGGUGCUCUUCACAAGGAGGGCUGUUCCGUGGCACCGACGGCUACAUGUCAUCCGUCACAGGGCUUGUGCUGUAAAGCGGACUGUCAUUUCGCUAAUCUCACUAAGAGUGGAAUUGAUUGCACAUGGCAAGACAUGGCGUGCACAUGUGUCAACACGCACGGCUGUCGGUGCGGUCUUGGCGGGAAAUGCUUAACUGACAGGAGCUGUCAUGGCGCAGAAUGUGCGACUCUGGGGCUAAGGGAAUGUACAUGUCCGAAAACAGGCAUUGGUGGUGUUCUAGAGGAACUCAAAAUGUGUGGUAUCUGCUGUCUUUUAUACGAUGGCAACACUACGAAGUGCGUAGGCGCUGAAAUCGCAGCCAAAUAUGCUAUGGCGGCAAACUUAUUACCAAAUGACUGGCCCGACCCUCAGUAUGUAGGACCAAAUAUAACACUAAACAUUUGCAACACCACAACCUGUACGUCUCGUAACAUUCGCGCGUGGAGCGCUGGCGAUGUGUGCGUUAUGAACAACGCGGUGGGCGUGUGUUCACCGCGCGGCGUGUGCAAGAGCGUCAAAGUGUUGCCAGCUUCGAAUAUUUACCCUGAUGUUGUGAGUAUAAAUUUAAUGAGUCAAAGAAGUGGUGCAUCGAAAAUAUUAAAAUCAAGCAGAAUAUUUUUUAUAACAGUUUUAUUGAUCAUAUAA